CCCUUCGGUCCCGCGGUGUGUCCCCCGCAGUCCAUUUCACCAGCCGUCCUGUAUUCCAGGAGGCCGGCAUCUUCAGUGUGGGCACCUGGCUGUGACAGCUUGCGGCCUCACAGCCGGGUACCCACUGCGCUGUGCUUCAUGAAUGGUCCUGUAGUCUUCUGGGACCUGUCACGUGUCCCAAAAGACUACAGGGAGGACACAUUCCGCUUCCGAUCGCCUAGGCCAGGGAGGGAUGAUGGAACUUGUAGUCCUGCGGCUCUCAGGUUGCCUACCCCUGGCCUAGGCGAUCAGACCGGAAGUGGGAGCGGUUACGUCAAGUCCUUACAGCGAAACUUCCCCUUUUGGGUGGAGCCCCGCUUU